CCUCUCGAUACCAACUGCAUACCAUAUGGUAUCUUUUCGUUUUUAAUUCGUUUUUGAAAACGUUUGCACAGAAGGGACGAGUUCAUCAUGAUCUAUUGGAUCUACAAAUUUCUAGGUGAACAAAUUACAGGACCAAAAAAUAUCACACAAUAUCACUCUGGUACGCGGUGGUAUCUUAUGGUACACAAUGUUAAAAUUCGUAAAUAACAAUUAAUAUACUUCUACUAUCAUGUAUUCAAUCAUCCUACAGUCUUGGUUUGUUCAUACCACCAUGGUACGUUUUUCAAACCAUAGGUAUGCUCUUAUUUCAAUACCAGUCAAUACCAUAUGGUAUAGACUAGUGAAAAAUGGCUCAAUUUUUUUUGUUCGAAAAAUAUAUCAAAGUGGAUAUUAUUUUGAAGAGCAUAAUUAAUCUGAUCUAAUUGUGCAAAAAAAAAAAUUAAAUUUCGACUUAAAACGAGUGAGAAAUCGUCCGUCAAAGAUUAAGAAGGGGAAAAUUAAAGGCUUUCCAUGAGAGAGAGGGAUGCUAAUGUCAUGCUGAUGUGGACGGGUUACUCACCAUAAUGUUACUCACCUGAUCUGUUCCCUUUAGAAUUAUAGGUGAGGGAAUUAUAUGUCCAAAUUUUGUCAUGCAUAGUGGUUAUAUAUGUGAAUACCAGUACACUCGUUCAGGACAGGGGUCAAGCAACUAAUUGGGUAAUUAAAAUAUCAUGGAUUUAAGGCUAGUGAGUUGUGUAUGCGUGUGAUAAUGGUAUAUAUAUGCAUGGAUUUUUAAUGGGGUUCUCUGGAAAGAGUUAGUGUACAACAAUACAGGGUGUCAACAGUAUCAUUUAUAGCUGAAAAGUAAAACUGCAAGCCCCAUUCAAAUUUCCCUGCCCGUAGAGCGAAUGUAGGAGUCUGACGUGGCAGAGCAUUUAGGUGGGAUUAAUGUAAAUAUUUCGCCGACUGCAACCGUCGUUCUUCCUCUGCGUUUUUCUUUGGAACGUUCCUCCUUCCUCUUUCUAUGUUCUUCUUGCAUCUGAAAGCACCGAAAUAGCCUCAAACUGCCUCCAAUCUCCCCGCAUCUGCUUCUAACGCACGUGUACCCAACACCCAAUGCCGACAAAAAAAUCCCCAAUUUCAAACAAUUGAUAACCGAAAUCCCUAAUUAUAAGUGUUGGGUGCUAGCGAAAAAGUAGUGGGUUUAGGAUCGAAAUUUCAGAGGAUUUUAUUACACCGAAUAUUUUUACAAGUGUUCACUCUCACACUUUAGGCAGUAUUGCCAUAUACCUCACCAAGAGCUUAUGCUCUUCUACUCUCUCAAUGCUCUUUUAAUUUUCUUCCUUCACUCUCUCUACUUUGCUUCUUGCUAUUUCUCACCUCACUACAGCUCAUACCACCAUCACUUAUUUAUACAUGUUCAUUACCGCCAUAGGAAAGAUCUAGGGACAGCAUUAAUUGAUUUGGUAGGACCGACUUGCUUGAGAUAAUCUUCAUCCAUUAUCUGCGGCAAACCUUGUCCAUUGUAUUAAUUAUAGGUCCAGCUGUUAGAGAUUGAUGUGACCAACUUAGAGCUGCGGUUGUGCUUGGAUCCAUGUAAUAAUUAUAUGUUUAUCUCUUUGCUGACUUAGAAUUGCAGCAUACCAUGUCCUCUUUUGCUUCAGGUUUUUCACGUGCAACAUUUGGGCAAGUCCACAAGAUUCUAGAAUUGCAAAUUAUAUUUGACAAUAAGAAAGUCGACGGUGCCACUCGCUAACGGAAGUCCUUGGGAGUGGGGAGAUCGCACAUGGGAGUGCAAGCGGCCGAUCUCGUCGGCGAAGAGGUUGUCGACGUGCGAGGCUUUGAUCUCCGCCGACAAGCACAACUCAUUGGCAGCUGGCAGACUGGGUACCUUCGAACCCAAUUGGCCGCUCUGUUUGAACACCCACCACCUGCCAUUUCUAAUUUCGGCACUAUUCUUGAGCCAAAGUCAUUGUCGCAUUCUACGAUGUCAUCAAUACCAAACGUCAGGUGGCGAUUCACAUGGGCCAACUGGAAUCGCAUCUGAACGGCGGGGUGAUUGUGGAGAAGGUGAAGGAGCUGAAAGAGGUUCAAAGGGAAGACUUUGAUUGUUGGGGUUGACGAUUUGGAUAUCUUCAAAGGGACCAGCCUUAAGUUUCUGGCAAUGGGGAGAUUGCUAGAUCAUAAUCCGGAUUUGAGAAGCAGCAUGGUGCUGGUCCAGAUUUUCAAUCUGGGAGGGAGAAAGGGAAAGAUGUGAGAGGACGAGACCUUGUCAGUGGCGAAUUCGGUGAAUCUAACAACAGGUAUGCUUUGGAAACCCUAAACUUGUAUUCUCAUUGAUUCAGUUUGAUCUUAUACACAUGGUUUGUUCAUUACAGGACAAAUGUCUAUAGCUGUAAUUGACAGAGAAGAAGUACGAAAUGCAGAACAAGGAGGGAAUAGAGAUUGAGCAAAUGAAAGAGACGUUGUGGCCUCAGGGCACAACGACGACGUCUUGGUCUUUCAGCUACGGCAACGUUCUUUCAGCUACGACAGCGUUUCGACUAUCUUCAAGCCCUUUAGUUGAGACGGCAUCAUUCCAGGUGACUCUUGCUUCGCUUUGUGACACGCUAAAACACAACACCAAACGGCGACCAAGUGUAAUCGCAAUCCGGAAAUGCAGUACAGGCAAGCUCUAAUUGUCAACCCGGAGUCUAGAUUUACUGCCUACUCCGUGAAUAUCUAUUAUCUAGCAAACUAAGUCGAGUGAUUGUGAUUUUAAGCAAAAACAGUAAAAAAGCAGGAAAUGGUUCGGUUUUCUAAAGCAAGGGAAGAGUCACUUGGGAAUGAGUCCCCCUAGCUUCUUAGUUAGGUCACAGUUGUAAUUACCCUGGGUUGAUUAACUGUUGAUUAAACUGCGGAAGAUCCGACAGUAGCUUGCAAUCUCUUAAGCUGACCAAGCCCUCUCAGUCCAACUACCCGGCAGACGACUAGUCCUCACCGGGAUAGAAAGUUGAGGCUAUGAACACAGAACUCCAGUACUGGAAUUGGAUUCUAGUACAAAACAGUAAAUCGAUUAACUCUCGUAUAAUCAAUCUACCACUACUGAUUGAUGAAGCUCUAACAACCUAAUCAGAUUCUAUCUAUCUCAGGUUGCAGCAGAAAUCAAGAAAAGAUGAUCAGACUUCAAUUGACUCAAUGAAUCGUGCAUCAAUCGAUUAGAAUCAAACAGUAUAACAUUCUCAAGUCAUUACAAUCAAGAUCCCUAAUACAUGGAACUAGAGUUCUUCAUACCCAAGUGAGAGAAAGUUCUACUCCAUAGAGAGAGGGAGGAAAACAGAAAUCAGAGUAGUCAUACUCACAAAGAUGAGGAAAAUCUGCUCUGGGAUGUCAAUCUUCACUCCUGGGGAUGCAAUAUGGGCUUCAAUGGUGAGAAAUACACUCCAAAUAGCUCC